AUUUUGCUCGAGUAUCGUAUCGUCUCGUUGGUCUCGUCUCGUCUCUCGUCACGGAACGUAACAAAAACGAAAACGAACCGCGUGGUUGUAGGUUAUGUUCUUACAAACAAAUUACUACUUGUAAAAUUAUUGUAAUUUUAUUUAUAGUAAAUCAAUAGAUUUAAUUAAUUUUCGUUUUGAAUUCAACUGUUUGUUAGGUAUAGGAGUUGUGAUUUUGUCUUAUUUAGGUGUUCAGAUCUUUGUAGCGUAACUUAUAAGAAUUUGCUAUAGCUCAACUAUGGUUCCAGCGGAAGCGGAUCUCAACAAUUUAACCUCAAAUGCUACACAAUUCGAAAGUGAAAAUAAUUCACUUUCAGUUAAAUAUGAUAAACAUUUUAUGUUUUUGGACUUAUCUGAUGAUGGACACAUGCUGCUUGGCGCCGGAAAUCUGGGCGGACGACAUUGGAGCUCUUCUAUUCAUUAUUACAAGGAAGCUAAAACAUCAAUCAACCAAGAAUAUGGUCAACCUGUUAAAGGCAUGAAUGAUGUUAUUUCCUGUGGAAAAAUAUUGGAAUCUGGAAAAAGGAUUGUACUUGGUGAUGAUAAUGGAAUGAUCUGCCUUUCUUCAAUUGAAGUAACUGAUGACUCAGAUAACUUUAAUCUGGGUGAGAUUGAAGCAGCUCUUGAUCAUGAUUCAAAUGUUUUGGCGUUAUCACUUUCUCCUAACAAAAAUAAUCUUGUUUCGGGUGGAAAGGAUUGUUGUAUAAAAGUGUGGGAUGUUGCCGUGUCAUUGAAAACCCUGUUCACGUACAGACCAGCUCAUUCACAUAUUGUGUCCCACGUUGAGUAUUCUCCAAAAAGUGAUGACAUUUUUCUGUCUUGCUCUCACGAUGGAUCAGCCAUAUUAUGGGACACACGAGCUUUGACUCAACCGGCUCUUGAACUGAAGUACGCUUGUAAUGAAAGCCUUUCUGCUGGUUGUUGGUUGAAAGAAAAUGUGGUGGCUGUCGGCAGCUCAUUCGGCAAUAUAAUGCUCAUUGAUAUUCGAAUGAAACAUACUUUUGGUCACACCAAAUGUUUCGACAGACCUUUGCAUAAAAUAGUGAGCAACUCAAAUGGAAUUAUUGCUGCCUGUGGCGACACCAGUGAAGUGAAAGCCUUCGAUACGCCCUCCGAAUAUUUGAAACAAAUUUAUACAUCUGACUCGCAUAAGGAUUUUGUCAGAGGACUCGCAUGGCACCCCAAAACGUCGCAGUUAUACUCCUGUGGAUUUGAUACUACUGUGAUCUGCCAUGAUAUCAUCAAAAGCUAAAUACAACUUUUUCAGAUUCCAAUUUUCCAGAUAGUAUUUAGUUGUUUACUUUUUUAUGCUGAAUUUCGAGUUUAUUAGUUACUGAUCACCAUAAAAAGCAUUCCAAAUUCAUUACGUAUUCGACAAAAUGUUGGAUUUUGAAUGUCUUUCUGUGGAUUCAUUAUUUUAAAGUUUUUUGUUGAGGUUUGAGCUUCGCACUGUGAUCUGGUAUGAUAUAAUUUAUAUGAAAUAUUUUAUCUGCUUGUACUCGUUUGUAAGAUUAUAAUAUAAGUUACUUUAAUUUUUGAGAAGACAAUAUUUUGCUUCACAGUAUUUAUUUGUGUGAAGCCGUUACAAUCAUGUCGGGCAGUGGCCUCAGGUGUGGACCAAGAAAACUCAAUAGAUUUCUCUUGAGUCUGUGCACCUCGAGCUUUUUGUCAACUGUUGUAAACUAUGGAUUUCGAAAUAUUAUUGAAUUAUUAAAACUCAUGUUGUUUGGAA